UCGAGUUAGUCGCAUGCGCGGAUCGGCACAGGACAGGUACGGUACGACAGAUAGAUGGCCAGACAAACGUUGAUCCCCAUCCUGGCCGGCUUCUGCCUGUGCCUCUGUCUGUGCUUCUCGGAUGCAGAUGCGGCCAGCGAUGGUUCCAAUGCGGCACAGAUAUUGAAAUACGAGAAUGAGAAAGUGGAUGGCGACGGCUAUGCCUUCUCGUUCGAGACGAGCGAUGGUAUAUCGCGGCAGGAGACAGCCACUCUGAAGCAUCCCGGUACGCCGUUGGAGGCCAUUGCCGUCCAAGGCAGCGUCAAUUGGGUGGGACCCGAUGGUGAGCACUAUAAACUCAACUAUCUGGCUGAUGAGAACGGUUUCCAGCCGCAGGGCGAGCAUUUGCCACAGUUGGAAGCCACUCGCACGGCCUGAACACUGAUCACGUGAUAGCAUUGGACUUUGUGAAACAAAUUAAAUCACCAAAUAUGUAGCAGAAGGAGCAGAAGAGCAGCAGGAGAGGAGGAGAGAAGACACAAUAGAAAUUAAAUAUAAAAUAACAUAUAGACACAUGAGUUCGUCUGUAUACUACCGACGACGGAUAGACGGUGGAGUGCUGUUCGGGCAUAAAUUUUCACCCAUCGAAAUUGAAUUGUAUUCUAAGCAUGGAAUUAGCAUAUACAUCUAUACGAGUAUCUUCGAAACCAGUUUGCACAGCCACUGCCCCUGUCCCUGUCUUCCUCCGUCAGAGUAUGUCUUGGAUAUGGGGAGCACGGGUAUGCCGUAACAGAGUAGCUUCAGUCUGGGAGCUGACCGAACCGGUUCAAUAAACACCCAACAAAGGUUGCCAAAAAACAUAAAAAAAUCCAGCAACAAUUAAAGAAGACACAAUGCUGGCAACGAAAGUGAGAACUUGCAGUCCCGGGAGACCCUUGUUAUUGUUGGGCUAUUGAGUAGC